AGAUAAACCAUGUCUGCAGGAAAUCAGGAAGCCCAGGAGGAAGAACUGCUAGCCCUCAGCAGUAUAUACUCUGAAGAUGAGUUUAAGAGAGCUGACACUGCUCCAGGAGGGGAGAUCAAAGUGUGUCUGGAACUUCCCCCAAAUUUUACAGUAUCUGUUAAAUCCGACGCUGCCACAAACUCCAUACUGGAAAGCUUUGAGGACAUAGUUUUGUUUCUACCACCAAUUGUCCUGAACUUUGAACUUCCUCCAGGAUACCCCUCCACUAUGUGCCCCAUCUUCACACUCAGCUGCAAGUGGCUUUCGCCGGCACAGCUUACGUCUCUGUGCCGGCGUUUAGACGAUCUAUGGGAGGAGAACAGAGGAUAUGUCGUCUUGUUUGCCUGGAUGCAGUUUCUUAAGGAGGAGACGCUCGAGUAUUUGAAUAUAGAAUCACCUUAUGAAAUUCAGCUUCACAAUGAUGGAACCCAAACCUUGAUGGAGACCGAUGAGAAGGAAAGUCACUGCAAUGCCACAGCUUCGGCCACUCCUGAGGGGGGAGCAGUGGACGGGCGCGCUAUACAAGAUGCCCAGUCUGUGUCUGCACUCAUCAGACACAUAUCGGACUUUAAUGAAAGCCAACAGAAGAAAUGUUUUGACAGCAAACCGUACUUAUGCAAUAUCUGUUUCUCUGACAAGCUGGGCAGCGAGUGCACGUAUUUUAAUGACUGCAGCCACGUUUACUGUAAUGGCUGCCUUGGAGACUACUUUGAGAUUCAAAUCGUGGAAGGGCAGGUCCGUGCGCUGAAUUGUCCCGAGUCCAAGUGCACGUCAGUUGCUACACCUGCUCAGGUAAAAGAUCUGGUAGGGGAGCAGUUGUUCAGCCGCUAUGAUCGUCUCCUUCUUCAGUCCACUUUGGAUAUGAUGACCGAUGUGGUGUAUUGCCCUCGCCCAGGGUGCGAGACGGCCGUAAUGCAAGAGCCAGAGGGCACAAUGGGUAUUUGCACAAGCUGCCAGUAUGCUUUUUGUACCCUUUGUAUGCUGACCUACCACGGACUCUCCCCAUGCAAAGGAACAGAAUAACCCACGGAUCCU